AUGGCUUCCCCAUGCUCAGCUUCCUGCUCCCCGUUCGCCUGCCCCGCCCCUUGGGAUGCCCCUCAUGUCUCCCUCACCAGCCCCUUCCUUCCCCUGAUCCUCCUGCCACAUCCACCAUCCCUUCUCUUUAGAGAAAGUGUGGUCUCAACCCAACAUGUAGCUGUGGAGCCUCUGGCCCCUGGGGAGCAGGGUCUGCAGCAUGAGUUGGUGCUGUUGUCCUACAGGUCACAUUUUCCUAACGAGAAAAGCUUUCCAGACUUCCCUGGCGGUUCAGUGGUUAAGACUGCACUCCCAGUGCAGGGUCGUGAGUUCAAGCCUUGGUGGGGGAAUGAAGAUCCUGCAUGCUGCAUGGACAGCAAAAGGAAAAAAAAAAAAAAGCUUUUGUGUCAUUUACAGCAACUGUAUUCAUAA